UGCAGACAUACUGUUGAUAGACUCCCCCCUCCCGCUAUGGUAUUUAUUCUUGAUCGCCCGUCCCCGCGUUACAUCCCACAGCACCAGAAGCCAAAUAGAGCACACACACACACACAACACACCCGACGAUGGCUAGCGCUGCAACGAUCCCCAUCAUCGACAUCUCGGCCGACGGAGCGGACCGUGCGCAAGUCGCCAAGGAGCUGGUGGACGCCGCCGUCGAGUACGGCUUUGUCUACAUCAGAAACGCCAGCCGAGAUAUCACGCCGGAGCAGAUAGACGACGUCUUCAACGUGUCCAAGAUUCUGUUCGCGUCGCCCCUCGAGGACAAGCAGCGAUGUCAGAUCAAGAAAAACAACCAGGGAUGGGCUGGGGUGCACACCGAGACGUUGGAUCCGAAGACGCAGCGAGUCGGCGACUUUAAGGAGGGCUUCAACUUUGGCACCUUCGACGACGAAGGCAAGGCCACGCAGCCCAUUCCGCCGAGCAUCGAGCCGCACCAGGCGCAGCUUGCCGCCUUCCGGCGGGCAUGCCACGACCUGUGCCGCAAGCUGCUCCUCCUAUUCGGCGUCGGCCUAGGUGUCGACCCCCCGGACUUCUUCACCGCCGCGCACGACCCCGGCCUGCCCUCGGGCUCCAUCCUGCGGCUCCUGUACUAUCCGGCGCCCGACGGCUCCGACGCCGCCGCGCCGGUCUCGCGCCAGGACGGCGACGUGCGCGCCGGCGCGCACUCCGACUACGGCUCCGUCACGCUGCUCUUCCGCCUGCGCGGCCAGGCCGGCCUCGAGAUCCUCGAGCCCGGCACCGGCGCCUGGGCCCCCGUGCCCGUCACCCCCCCAGGCACCGAGAACGACCCCGCGCCCCCGAUCCUGGUCAACAUCGGGGACCUGCUCUCGUACUGGACGCAGGGGCUGCUGCGCAGCACCGUGCACCGCGUGGCCUUCUCGGGCGGGCCCUCGUCGUCGUCGUCCGUCGUGCCCGGCGAGUCCUCGGAUGCCCCGCGCUACUCCGUCGCCUACUUCUGCCACCCGGCCGAGGACACGCCCCUCGCGCCCGUCCCGAGCCGCCGCGUCGCCGAGCGCCGCCCCGAGUCCGCCGCCACCGCUGCCGCCGCCGUCAUGACCGCCCGCGAGCACCUCGCCGCGCGCCUGCGCGCUACCUAUCUCCAGAUGUACGCGCACGGCGCCGCGGGCGAGAGCGCGUAGGGCUACGGAGAGAGGA